AUGAAUGGCCGCACACUGACCGCCCUGAAACAGCGGACGGUCCCUACCGUCCUAGCUGCGGUGGCUAUCACCGGCGGCUGGAAACUCUUCAAUGAGCACUGCUAUUCAUACCAGGCGUGCUCCGGCCCCUCCAUGUACCCAUCCAUAAAUUUCCGGGGUGAAUGGCUCCUCGUGUCCAAGUUCCACAAGCACGGGAAAGGGGUCGAGGUGGGGGAUCUCGUCAUGUUCAAGAAUCCACUUUUUCGAGGACGGACGGCGACCAAGCGGGUUCUGGGAAUGCCUGGUGAUUUUGUGCUGAAGAAUGCGCCAUCAGUCGGCGAUGAUGCGACUGGGGAUGAGGAUGCGGAGAUGAUAAGGGUGCCAGAAGGCCAUAUCUGGGUUAUUGGCGAUAAUUUGCCCUGGUCAAGGGACUCGAGAUUCCACGGACCACUCCCAUUGGGGCUAGUAAUGGGUAAAGUCAUUGCAAAGGGAAAAGCCACUUCGUUUCCUAGGUGGGUGCGGAAUACAUUAGAGCCUGCCAAAUUUUCCGACGACUGA